AUGACGCAAGAACGUUCACAUAAUUUGCAUCGCAGAUUAAGCCACAGCUUCCCGGAGCCAUUUAUUUCAACAAUUGAUACUGACGCACCAACCGUCGCACCGAAAUUUAUGACUCGAGGGCAUCUCUACAAGGCUAUCAUCGGCGACUCGAUCGAGCUGCCCUGCAAAGUAAAGGAUCUGGGCUCCUACGUGCUGCUGUGGCGCCGGGGGACCGCGGUGCUUACGGCGGCUAAAUUAAUGGUGACACGUGAUCCGAGAUUCAAGCUGGUCGAGGGCUACAAUCUGCAGAUAGCGAACGUGAAAAUCCAGGACGCCGGUGAUUAUAUUUGUCAGAUCGGCGAUAACGAAGGCCGGGAUCAGGUCCACACACUCGAGAUACUCGUGCCACCGACUAUCCGGGUUGUGCCGCAGAACCGACAAAUCACGGCCCGGAAGGGCAGCACCGUGACGUUGGAGUGCAAGGCGUCCGGCAACCCGGUCCCGGCCAUCUACUGGCGCAAGAAGGAUGCGUUCACCGGGGCGUCCACACUGUCGGAAAGCCCCACGCUGGUGCUGGAACGUGUCGAUCGGCAUCACGCGGGUACUUACGAGUGUUCAGCGGACAACAACGUCCGGGAGCCGGUUCAUGUCGACAUCGAGGUCACCGUGCUGUCACCACCCGACAUUACGGUCGAGAAGACGUGGGUUCACGCCAGCGAAGGCUUCGACAUCGAUCUCGUGUGCAUCGUGCACGGUGACGUCAACUCCGAGAUGCUCUGGUACCAGAACUCGUUCCUGCUCGACCCAACGGACCGCCGGUCGAUGUACUCCCGCGGUGACAAGUACACGCUCAACAUCCGCAACUUCCAGCAGUCGGAUUUCGGAAACUACAGCUGCGUCGCGGAUAACGCGCUCGGUCGCACGAAGAAGUACAUCGAGGUGUCAGGGCGACCAGGACCGGCUGCGUUCCAGUCGCCGGCUUACAGCAACUAUCUGGACCGGUACAAUCUCACCUACACGGUCGAGUCCAUUCCGCCGCUCGACGAGAUCAAGCUGCUGUACCGGAAGCUGAUGAUGAACGAAACGUAUCAGCAUCCGGGCAGCUGGGAGGACACCAUUUUAGUGCCAACAUUAACCAGAUCCGAUCCUACCCAUUUUAUUAUGUCGCAUGUGAUAAGGGGCCUCUCGCCGAACUCCGUCUACGAGGUAAUGAUUCAGGCGCGGAACGUGCACGGCUGGAAUGAGAUCAGUGACAUUCAUCAGUUCUACACGCGAAACUUCGAGGUAACCCCGAACGAGCUGGAAUUCGUGAUGAGCUCCACCUCGAACAGUGGCCGUCGUCAACCGUACCCGCCGGUCGUGAACCUGCUCAUCUGCCUUACGCUGGCACUCGUAAGUUUGUCCAUCAUCACGCGCUGUUAAGCUGGCCGGCGAUCUGCACCAUCAGCAGCAGAAGGAGCAGCAGCAGCACCAGCAAUUGCCAUCCCAAAUUCCAACCGUCACUAAAACCCACUGCACCGAUCGUUUCUGCCCGAGGCGCGAUUGAAGAAAAAAAAAACAAGGAUCGCGAUCGGAUCGGGUUUUUGUACGAUAAUUUCCCAACAUCGCUGCUGUAGGACGUAAGGUAGUUGAGUACUAUAUAUAUCAAAUAUGCAAGAGAAUCGACGCGAACGACCGAGCGGAUUGUCCAAGAUGAGAAAGGGGAUGGUCGCUUGGGAGUUUAUCAUAAGCAGAAGCAAAAAAAAAAAGAAGAAAAACUAACUCGUGAUAUAGUCGAUAGUGUCGGAAGUGUGUAUGUA